GGCCCUAUUGCCCCGCCCAUCGGGUCGCCCGACGGUUGCACGCUCUCGAGCUGUUCCCAACGUCGAACCUGUUUCCUUACCACCACCAUCAUGGCUUCCCCCGCUGCACCGACCGUCCCAGACGCCACGGCGCCCAAAUUGGUUGUGCACCAUCUGAACAACUCGCGCUCGCAACGCAUUCUGUGGCUCUUGGAGGAGCUGGAGGUGCCCUAUGAGCUGAAGAAAUAUCAGCGCACAGCGGAGAUGACGGCGCCUCCGGAGCUCAAAGCCGUGAACCCGUUGGGAACUGCACCGGCCAUUACUGAUGACGGUCUGAACUUGGCGGAAAGUGGCGCAAUUGUCGAGUACAUUAUACAGAAGUAUGGCAAUGGACGUGCUCAACCUCCCGCGUCCGGCAAGAUAGAUGACCUCUACUUCACCCACUACUCGGAGGCGUCGCUGAUGCCGAUGCUGGUGAACAAGCUCAUUUUUAAGAUCAUACCGGAGAGGUCUCCCUUCUUCAUCCGCCCUAUCCUGUCGGCGGUCUUCAACCAGGUUUCAGCCAAGAUGCUCGACCCGCGCCUCAAGAUCCACGCGGAGAUGAUUGAGAAACAUCUCGCCAAGGAUGACCGCCAGUUCUUUGCGGGAGGCGAAGAGCCGACGGCCGCGGACUUCAUGAUGAUAUUCUGCCUCGAGGCCUGGGGCACCCGCGGCGAGAUUGGUGAAAAGACGAAGGCCUACGUUGCCAGAAUCCACGCGAGACCUGCCUACCAACGUGGCCUGGAGAAAGGAGGAGAGUACGCUUAUGCGAAGCCGACUGCGUGAAGAUUCUCGAAUCGAUGAUGUUCUCUAUACUCGGAAGUAUUGGAUUACGUUGGAUACUUGUAAUGCGCGUAUGUCUAAAGUAGACCAAUGCGACGCGUCGCAGACCGCGAUGGGAACACUCAGAUGAGUGUGUCGUGC